AUGGCACGCCGGUCAACCACGGCGGUGCGUGUGGAGCAGAGGGUGGGAGAGGUGCGUGUGGAGAAGAGGGUGGGAGAGGUGCGUGUGGAGAAGAGGGUGGGAGAGGUGCGUGUGGAGAAGAGGGUGGGAGAGGUGCGUGUGGAGAAGAGGGUGGGAGAGGUGCGUGUGGAGAAGAGGGUGGGAGAGGUGCGUGUGGAGAAGAGGGUGGGAGAGGUGCGUGUGGAGAAGAGGGUGGGAGAGGUGCGUGUGGAGAAGAGGGUGGGAGAGGUGCGUGUGGAGCAGAGGGUGGGAGAGGUGCGUGUGGAGAAGAGGGUGGGAGAGGUGCGUGUGGAGAAGAGGGUGGGAGAGGUGCGUGUGGAGCAGAGGGUGGGAGGCAGGCGGCAGGGGCGUGCGUCAGAGUGCGUUCAGCGUGGGUGCCUUUUGAGUCGACUCAAAGUCGCCUGA